GGAAUGAAGCCGCCAGGGACCUGGCCGGAAGUAGGGCACAGCUGCCAACUCGCCAUGCGACUAUUGCUCCUGGCUCCCGGGCGAGCCCAGACGGGCAACGGGACCACCGCCCGGAGGAUACAAGAUCAUUUACAAGCUGCUGGGCAUUUGUGUAUCUUGAAGGACACCUCUGAUUAUGAGUCCCCGUUGGCAAUUUCAAAUCUCAUCUCUUCGGAGAAGUUGGAGGCAGCUCUGGGUAUCCAUCUUUUUAAAGCCGGAAGGCUUCUUCAAGGAAGUCCCGUUCCUUUUGGAAUUAUCUUUGGAGGCACGGAUGUUAAUGAAGAUCCCAAAAGUGAGGAGAAGUUCCAAAUUAUGGAAAAGGUGUUGGAUGAAGCCAGGUUUGCUGUGUCCUUUACCGAAGCCAUGAAAGAAGCAGCUGCAACGUAUUGGCCUCAAAGCAGGAACAAAAUCUGUGUCCAGGCUCAAGGGAUCGUGAGCCUUCCAAAUAGGCAGCAUAACUGGGCCGAAUUUCUGCAGAGGGCAGGGAUUGCCCAGGACGACCAGAGUCUAUACACCUUCCUGCUGAUCUGUGGACUAAGGAGAGUCAAAGAUCCGCUUUAUCUGCUGGAUGUUUUCUCAGAGUGGCAUCGGGAAGACUCCAGGGUACACCUGAUCAUUGUUGGACCUGCCGCUGAUCCAACCUUCGCAAAAGAAGUUGAGGAGAAGGUGAACAGGUCCGAUGGGGUCCACUUAUUGCUGGAAGUCCCCCAGGAAGAUCUUCACGCCAUUAUGAAAAACUGUUUUGCUGUGGUGAACAGUUCUGUAUCUGAAGGGAUGUCAGCUGCGAUUUUAGAGGCAAUGGAUUUAAAUGUCCUUGUGCUGGCAAGGGAUAUUCCAGGAAACGCUGCCGUAAUUGCACACCAAACAACUGGAUUAUUAUAUACGACCCCAAAGGAAUUUGUCCAGCUGGCCAAAACUUUGAUGAAAGACCCAGUUUUGUACAGAGAGAUUGUAAGAAAGGCCCAUGAAUAUGUCCUGAAAUACCAUUCAUGGGAGAAAGAAAGGAAGGUCUAUCAGAACCUUGUUUUGAGACUUCAUGAAUGUUCUUGUACCAAUCAACCAUGAGUGGUCAACCAGGUUUUUUUCAAUCUUAAUCCUCUGAUUUGUCUUCAUUAAUGUUAUUACCGUUGGGAUUUUGUAGGGUUUUGUACCAUUAGUAGACUUCUACAGCCUGGCAGCCCUCCAGGAGCAUAGGAUUUAUGUUCCCAUAAUCCCCUACCAGUCAUUACCAAAGGACUAUAGGAACUGAACUCAAACACAUUACAGAACCCCAAGAUGAAAAAAGAAAUCCUAAAUAUGCAAUCAAUCUACCAUUUAUUGUUGACUGGAAACAGAUUUUUAUAGAUUUUUUUGCAUGAAGCAUAAGAAAUUGAACUUAUGAUUUGUGGUUGGGAUGAUCAGAAGGAAUAGAUUAUAGUUAUGCUGUAGCUCGUAGAGCAAUGUGUAAAUUUAGAAUUGUUUUUAUAACUGAUGUAAUAAAGAAAAUUGGAAAUUA